CCUUUCCCGCCGUCAGCACGGAGGCUGGCACUUUGAUUAACAGUUACAGACAGCUUUUUAGAUAUCGUCGUUAGCCAAUCAAAAGCAAGCAUUACUGAGGAGCCGUGGGUGAGGACAGAACUCAGGUUCUCCUCCACAAGUACAUCCCCGCUCUCACUGAAACCCGGAUUAACGCACAUCCUCCUAUUGACCGGAAUAAAAUGUGAAUUAAUAUUUUUGGAUCUUGGGGAAAAGAAAUGAGUGUUUUGAUCUAAUGUUAAUCAAAGCAAUGUGAUUUUAAUUGUCCUUUUGUGGAUAGAAACCUGGGUCAACGUGCAUAAUUGUUAAUCUGUUUCUGAGAGGACUAUUUCCCGAGAUUGGACUAACCGGUACUUGGCGACCUUUACGUUGCAGUAAAUCCGAUGUCUAUCUGUACGUGUAGACAGUAAUACACGCAUGGACGGCGAUGGAGAAUACCCGCCUCGUCCGCCUCGAGAUGGCGCUACUGCUGAUCAUCGUAAUCGUCAAAGAGACGCUACAGGGCUCUAACGAGAAGCGCUUAUUGCACUACCUGUUUGUGGAGAAGCACUAUAACAACCUUGAGCGCCCAGUGGAGAACGAGUCCCAGGCGAUCGUGGUCCAGUUCAGCAUCGUGCUCCAACAGAUCAUUGACGUCGAUGAAAAGAUGCAGAUUCUCCAUUCCAACGUAUGGCUAAACAUGAAAUGGAAGGACUGUAAUUUGGUUUGGAACCCCGAGGAAUUUGGUGGCAUUGCGUCUAUCAGGGUUCCCGCCGCUAAGGUCUGGAAGCCGGAUAUACUGAUGUACAACAGUGCCGACGAAGCGUUUGACGGUACUUUUCACACCAACGUCAUCGUCUACAGCGACGGAAGCUGUUCGUGGAUACCUCCUGGAAUGUUCAAGAGCACAUGCGCAAUCAACAUCGCCUGGUUUCCUUUUGACGAGCAAAAGUGCACCAUGAAAUUCGGGUCGUGGACACAUCCCGGUCAGUUAUUGGAUCUACAACUGGAAAGCGACAAAGGGGACACUUCAACCUUCAUUCGGAACGGCGAGUGGAAACUCCUAGGUGUACCGGCGGUACGGAGCGAGCGGCAUUACAAGUGUUGUCCGGAAUUCUACAUCGACAUUACAGUCACCAUCCACAUCCAGCGACGCACGCUGUACUACGGCUUCAAUAUCAUUAUCCCGUGUGUCCUCAUUUCAUCCAUGUCACUGCUGCUCUUUAUGUUACCACCUGACUCGGGCGAAAAGAUAUCCCUAGGUAAACAGAGGGUGAAGGGAGGUGUGACGAUCCUGUUGUCCCUGAUGGUGUUCCUGUUACUUGUGGCAGAGACCAUGCCCCCGACCUCGGACGCAGUACCCUUGAUUGGUAUUUAUUUUUGUUGUAUUAUGGUGAUGUGCUCGCUGUCCGUCAUGUUUACAGUAAUUGUGCUCAAUUUCCAUUACCGCGGACCUGAUACUCAUCGACUUCCGGACUGGGUGAGGAAAUAUAUAAACGGGUGGCUUGCAUCAGGUCUUCAAAUGAAAAGACAGACUAGAGAUCCGAAAGACAAUCAUAGAGACAUGGUUCAAAGGUCAAGACUGCGUGAUGUUGUGCUGCAGGAUCGGCAGUCACGCAGUUUGCUUCCAAACGUCAUAGAGACGGAUGAUGAUAUACGAUAUGAGAAUGGGUCAUAUUCCGGAAACUCAGCCGUGAAACGAGAAGAAACCACGUUGAUUAACUCUCAUCGUAGCGAACUGAUCUCCAUUCUGAAGGAGUUAAGAAAGAUUACGCUCCGCUGUAAGCGAGAGGAGGAGGAUACAGAGAUGAGAGGCGAGUGGCGAUUCGCCGCCAUGGUAAUAGACCGGUUGUGCUUGUGGAUCUGUGUCAUGUUCACGCUUGCUUCCACCAUGGGAGUCCUUUUCUCCGCCCCACAUCUCAUAACGUAGUUCACAAAGUCCACUAUUUACCUGUUGUGAUCACGUGAUUGUGAUGGAUGUGUAGUGAAAACGUGAUUUCAGAUUUGGGUGAAAUUAUCACGAUAUUAAGAUAAACGUGUGAGAUUUGAUGGUAAAAGGUUUUCGAAGUGACAUCACCAUCGAACGCCUAGGAUGUGUGAACCGGUUAAGCUUGCUUGGACCUCGCCAGCGGAGGAUAUUUUUGUACUGCACAUUCAUAUGUAUGUUAAUGGUAAUGUUGACGAAGUAGCAAAUUAUUUGUAACUUGAUUUGUUCGAUUAGAUUUCAUGUAUGUAUCGUAUAUGCAAUGUUGCUGACAAGUGACGUUAACAGUCUGUUCGUUGUACUGGUCACGUAGGUUUGCAGGUCCAGUGAUCGAUAUGAUUUAACAGUUUUGUUUAUUAAUAUUGGGGCAUUAGUUAUUAGUUAAUAAAGGUGGUAUAUACGUUCGUCUUUACAAAAUAACUAAAACUGCAAUCGAUUUUUUUAGUAAUGUCUUCUAAAAUCCGUAAAAAAUGUCAUGAUUUCAAAAUCAAACGCGUUAUAAAUUAAGUUUCGUUUAAAGACUUAACAUACGUUCAAAUAAGAGGUAAAAAAAUUUAAAGAGGUUGUUUUUUAGAACAGCUUAAAAAUAAAAAGUACAUUUGAUAAUACUUAGUUGUUAGUGAAACAUCCGUUUUUUACUAUGUAUGAUACAAAUAAAAAUUAAGGACGUAAAAUCCUGAAAUGUUGGUGGUGGUAACACUGAGUGAUUGGCAGUAUACGUGUUGGUUAUGGGUUUAGAUAUAAUUGUUAAAUAAGCAGAUGUGUUGUUAUUAUAUAACAGGCUUAAAGCUUUCAUGUGAUAGCUAUUAUGUGUACAAAUGUUAUCGUAUCCUUCUUUGAUUGGUUGUUUCUCAUUAUUUACCUAAGCGUCUGUGUAAUUGUACCUAGAUUUGUGUCAAUUUCAUGUGUCAAUUUCGAAUUGGAAAAUAGCCAUUGCAGACAAAAGCAUACACGUAAAAUGUACCGACAUCACAUAUGGAUAUUAGAUAAAGAUGAAUGCAACACAGGCUAGAAUUUGUUUUCUCCAGUGUGAAUCUAAAUCGUUCGACACAUAGCUACAUUGUGUUUCGUGUGUUAAAUAUUUGUAAAAUAAAUAAAUAGAAAUAGAAACAUCAUCUUUUACUGUUUCUAUUAUUCGUAAGAACAUAAAACAAAUAUGUUAAAUUUAGCCACUCAUUAGCGUGUUGUCUUCCAGAGAAUGAAUAUUGUAUACAUGAAUAUGUUGGGCAUAUUUUUUUAAAUUACUGAAUAUUUUUCAACCUUAUCAAUGAUAAAUGUUUUAUUAUUUUAUUUGUUUUGCUUUGACAUCAAACGAAAUACGUUAAUUUUGCAUUCAUUAAUAGAAGCCAAUAUAUAAAUCUUGGAAUGAUAUAUGUAUAUUUGUGUAAUGUAAUAAUGACUUAUAUGUUCCAGAUGUAAAUACAGGUAGUAUUGGUAGACGUUUCACAGUUUUUGUACGCAUGACUGAACACCAUCAUCAACAAUGUCUUAUAUCAUUUUCUGUGUUGUCUUCUCUUGGUCUCAUUUGUAAACUACUUUUACGGAAAAUUGUAUUUGACUGUGUGUAUUAAAACAAUAAUUCAUC